AUGACUAAGUGUAAAAAAGCCAAAAUAAAUAUUAUCGAAAUGCAAAGCAGAAUAAAAAAUAUAAAAUUGCAUGUAUUAACAUUUGCUACACAUGAACAAGGAUAUUUCAAAACGUUACAAGAAAGUUGUAAAAAAUUAAAUAUAGAUUUAAUAGUAUUAGGCAUGGGUAAUAAAUGGGAAGGGUUUAUAAGCAAACUAAUAAAUGUAAAAGAAUAUCUUAAAAAGUGUAAUGAUAAAGAUAUAAUAUUAUUUGUAGAUGGAUUUGAUACAAUAUUUAUUCAGCCAUCUAAUGUCAUAAUAGAAAGAUAUAUAUUAAAUUAUGAUAACUUCUUUGUAUGUACAAGUGAAAGUGCAUAUUCCUCUAAUAUAUUUUUAUUACGAUUUAUAGAAAAUAUGCAUUUAAUUUUUCAUGAUAGUAUAUUUAAAUGUAAUUAUAAUACAAAAUGGGAUUCUAUCAAUAUUAAAGAUAAAUAUAGUAAAUUUAUUUAUUUUUAUAAAAAUUUAAAUUUAUUAAAUUCAGGAGGAUGGAUAAGUAAUGUCUUUUUAGCUAAACAAAUUUUAAGAUAUAUACCUUCUUUUAUUGAAAAUGAUCAAAUAUUUUUAACAAAUUUAUAUUUGGAUUGUGAAUUUUUAGCUAAUUUUCCUAAAAAGGAUACAAAUGAUAAUAAUAAUAGUAUUGUUGAAACACAAAAUGAUAAACAUGAAAAUGAUAAUAAUAAAAACUAUUAUAGCAAAAUAAUACUUGAUAACCAUAAUAUAAUAUUUCAUUUAUUUCGAAAACAAAAUAGUAUAAUACUUUUAAACUAUGCUGAUUGCGUGAAUUUCUUUCCAUUUAAGCCAAUUUUAAGGAUAUACUAUGAUGAAGAAAAUGUGGAAAAAAAAAAUGGAGAAAUAAUUGAAAAAGAAAAAUUAGCUGUAUCUUCACAUACAUGCUCUAGAAAAGAUAAAUCCACCUUAUAUUUUAUUAUAAGUUUUUUUAAAAACAUAUGGAAUAAAACAGAUGAAAAUAUAGGAAAAAUUGAAAGAACUUUGAAAAAAAUUCAAAUACUUAAAAAUAAUAACAAAAAUAAAAUUGAAUGCUUAAAUCAAAAUACUAUUUUAGAUAAUAUAUAUAUGGGAAAUACAAAUAGGAAAAUAUGUCAAAUAGAAAAGACAUUUAAUUAUUCAAUGAUUGAUACACAAACACAUACAUCACCAUGCAUACUUCAUAUACAUUGUCUUAGAAAUAUAGAUAAUAUUAUACUAAAUGUCGGUUUGAAAAAUAUAUAUAAUUAUCAUUGGUAUAGUAAUAUAUGGUACUUAUUUUAUAGUUUAAAAGGGACAAUAAAUUUUAAUUAUUUCAGUUUGUUAUUUUCUACAAUUGUAGUUUUUGUUACUUUUUUUUUAAUUAAUAUGAAAUAUAUAAUAAAAUUGUAUAUAUAUAUGAAUAAAAAUAUAUUAAUAGAUUAUAUGCAAAAAAAUGAAUAUUUUGACAAUAUUUUAUUUUUUUUAAAUGAUAUUGAAAUGUCUUGUUUUGCUUCUUUUAUUUUGGCUUGCUUAUUUUGGAUUUUCUAUGCGUUGAAUAAGUCCAUGUAA